UUAAACGGCCCGAUAACUGUAGCAUCUUCGAAGCUUCCCAGUUUUCACUUCUCUUUUUUCUUCUUCUUGCCUUAAAUCUUGUUCGCAAUCGAAGACGAAAGCGGGAAAGGGGUUUUCUUCGAUUUCGUGCAGUUGCCCUAAUUCAACAAUGGGAUUUAUACUCUGUAUGAACAAUCGUUGGAUUCGCGGCUUCAACUUGUUGCUGUAAUUCUUCAAAGAGCAUUCUCUUCAAUCCAAUCAAUAGGGACAAACUACAAACGAUGAAGAAGGAAGUCGGAUUCUGUUUUUGAUGAAAGGAAUGGCUAUGUUUCGUCUCUCGCGAUCAUGUCUUCGUAGGCUGCAACUGCCACUGUCCCACCAUUUGGUCUCCCCCUCGACCGCUCUCAUUGGAUUCGUCUUUCAUCCAAUUACCCCCUUGUCCAAUCCUAAAGACCACAGCCAUUUUCCUAACUAUGAUUAUUCAAGCACAUUAUUUGACUCUCCAAGAACAAGAAGACCUUCUCCCCAUUGUAUCGCCAGCUCUGAUUUUGUUCCGACGAAUUUCAAGUUCAAGUUUCAGUUUAGGGACUUAAAUCCAAGAAUAGCAAUUCAAAAUGCCUGUAUCUCCACGUCGUCUGGUAAGACAGAAAAGGAGGGUCAAAAGACGAACGGCAACAAUUCGGAUGGAAGUGGAGGCUCAAAGGCCAUAGAUGUAUCUUGGAUUGAUUUGUAUCUGCCUGAGGCAGCUCGGCCAUAUGCCCACCUCGCCCGGUUAGACAAGCCUAUUGGGACAUGGUUACUUGCCUGGCCUUGCUUCUGGUCGAUCACAUUGGCAGCAACUCCUGGGAAUCUUCCUGAUGUUAAAAUGUUGACAUUAUUCGGCUGUGGGGCUUUGCUUUUAAGAGGUGCUGGAUGCACCAUUAAUGAUCUCCUUGACCGAGAUAUUGAUACAAAGGUUGAACGUACUAAGUUGAGACCAGUUGCUAGUGGUGCUUUGACACCAUUUGAAGCGCUUUGUUUUCUAGGAUUUCAACUGCUUUUGGGCCUCAGCAUUCUGCUUCAACUGAAUAACUAUAGCCGCAUUUUGGGGGCUUCUUCUUUACUACUGGUAUUCUCUUAUCCCCUCAUGAAGAGGGUGACAUUUUGGCCUCAAGCCUAUUUAGGUUUAACUUUCAACUGGGGGGCAUUGUUAGGAUGGUCGGCCAUUAGAGGAAGUCUUGAUCCUGCUGUUGUCAUCCCCCUCUAUGUUUCUGGGGUGUUCUGGACACUUGUCUACGACACUAUAUAUGCGCACCAGGAUAAAGAAGAUGAUCUGAAAGUGGGUGUAAAAUCUACGGCCUUGAGGUUUGGUGAUUCCACCAAGGAGUGGAUUACUGGAUUUGGGGUAGCAUGCAUUAGUAGUCUUUCACUUUGUGGAUUCAAUGCCAAUAUUGGAUGGCCAUUUUAUGCAUUUUUGGCAGUUGCAUCUGGUCAGUUAGCUUGGCAGAUUCUUACUGUUGAUCUAUCAAGCCGGGCUGACUGCAAUAGGAAAUUUGUCUCCAAUAAAUGGUUUGGUGCCAUUGUUUUGAGUGGGAUCUUGUUUGGAAGACUUGCCUCCUAAUGGCCAAAAAGGAUUUUAUAGCAAAAUAGCUGGAGCUGUGCUUUGAGUGAGUAAACCAAAAUACUUCUGCCUCUGGCAAUCUCUUUUUUGUUCUUUUCCUUUUCACAGAGCCUCUCUCUCAUACUCAAAACAAUAGACAUAUUUUCUUUUAUAUUGUCUGAACUUCACAUAUCAAAACUAACCUAUAGAUUUUUAAUUAGUUGAUAAGGUGAUGUAUAAGAGAGAUGCUAGGAUCAUUGGAGCGUGUAGUUGACUUAAGUUUCCAAAUCAAUAAGGGAAAGCAGGAUGGGGAAGUUAACUAGUU